UAACCACGGAGGGGAGGGGUGUUGGAGGCAGGGCAGGCCGGACAUGGUUGAGACCUGUGUCCAGCAGGUUACUUGUAUUGUGGUCAGUGGAAGACCCCGAGGCCUGGGUCCUGAUUCUUGCUUUAGCUGUAUUUGAAGCGAGAAGACUUGAGUCAGUGGGUUUGUCGGCGUGGAACGGAGGUUGUGCCCAGCAGGAGUCCACUUUUCUUGUCCAUUCAAGGGCAUUGCUGGGGGCCCGAAGAUCAGCUUUGCACUGAGGCCUGUCAGCGAAGCGGGCGGCCUCAUGGACCCUCGAAGACGUGUAGGGCUUCACCGCAGGGGAUGCCUAAGCUGACAAGUCCCAGAUCUGAGAUCACACAGCCAUGGGGGACUGGAACCUGCUGGGAAAGCUUCUCGAAAAAGCCCAGGAGCACUCCACUGUGGUGGGGAAGGUGUGGCUCAGCGUCCUGUUCAUCUUCCGCAUCCUGAUCCUGAGCGCGGCCACAGAGAAAGUGUGGGGUGACGAGCAGUCAGGGUUCAUCUGCGACACCAAGCAGCCUGGUUGCGAGAAUGUGUGCUAUGAUAUCACUUUCCCAAUCUCACACGUCCGCUUUUGGGUGCUUCAGAUCAUCUUUGUGUCCACGCCUACGUUGAUCUACCUGGGUCACAUCCUUCACCUGGUGCGGAUGGAGGAAAAGCAGGCAGAAAGAGACAGGCAACAUGCCCAACAUUCAGACAAGCAGGCCCUUAUUGUGGAGGGUAAGCCCAAGAAGCCCCUGGUAAGGGACGAGAGGGGCCAUGUGCGCCUGCAGGGAGAGCUCUUGCGGACAUAUGUCUUUAAUGUGAUCUUUAAAACCCUGUUUGAGGUGGGCUUCAUUGUGGCUCAAUAUCUCUUGUACGGCUUUAAGCUGAAGCCAAUGUACAAAUGUGACAGAUCGCCCUGCCCUAAUGUGGUGAACUGCUAUAUAUCCCGCCCUACAGAGAAAACCAUCUUCAUCAUCUUCAUGCUGGGAGUGGCCAGUGUGUCUCUGCUGCUCAACCUCAUAGAGAUCUACCACCUGGGCUUCACCAAGUGUCGCCAGGGCAUCGCCUUCAGGAGACGCUAUCAAUCCUCUGAGGGUGUCCCUAAGGAGCCCAGUGAGGCAGCGGUGGCGUACGCGCCGAGUUAUGACGACUACUUUCACCAAGUGCAGCCACCCUACCCGCCCGUACCCAGCUACAACCUCUCCCCUCUGUCCGAGGGCACAGACUCGUCCUUACAUCCCUACCACAGCAAGGCUGCCUACAAACAGAAUAAGGACAACCUAGCAGUGGAAAGGAGCAGUAACAACCCAGAGGAAUGUGACCUGAAAGCAAAGAAGGGAGCAGGAUCGGCCCCCGGGUCACCUACACAGGCCAGGCCCGGCCGCAGUGCCAAACACAGCAACAACAAGACUAGAAUAGACGAUCUGCAGAUAUGAGGAGGUUUUUGUUUCUGUGGGGUGUCUUAAAUUGCUGCGAGGGGAUCGUAUGUUGUUUGAAAGCAUUCACACAUGCUCAAAUGACCCCCCCUUUAAGAUGGCGCAUUGACUCAUUCCCACUGAGAAAGGAGUGACACUGUAGGGAGCACGGAGUUGUUCAGUAAUGUGUAAAGACUGAUGUUGGUGACAUUACUGAUGAACCUCUUCAAAGACGUUCUGUUCCACUGAAAAGUGUCCCAUAGCUGGCUUUGGUUUUAGCCUCUUCAAGAAUCACUUUUGUCCCUGAGAACCUAAAAUCAACAACAAAUAUAGUCGGCUCAGGUUUUACAUGAAUGUGAAUGAAUCCAAAAAAUGCACCUGUGUGAACGAAGCUGCCAAAACUUUGGGAACAGGAUCCAGGGGCAGAGGCUUGUUCAUGUCUGGCCUGACCUCAUUUGAGGAAAUCAGAUAGGGUGAAUUAUUACAUUUAACUUCCUUUAACAGGUUUGAGGUCACCAUUUAGCGUAGCUCACUUGCUUAGGCUUGAAGUGAAAAGUCUUGCAAAACAUAACAACACAUUGAACAUUGGAAAUGCUCGAGCCAAAUUCCAGGACGCGCCUCAAAAGAAAUUGCACUGGUCUCAGGAGUUCCCACAUUUGGGCUGCCUCCUUUAUUGUGACAGCCAGCAAGUACAUAAUUACAAGCACAUUGUUUUGUUGAUUCUUGUUUAUAUCUCUGUUUGUGCCGUUUGUUUUUCCGUGAGGCACUUGGUGACAACCCUAUUUGUAAAACUGCUUGAAAUAAAUCUGUCUUAAAUUUGCAAAGUUAGCAGUGCAUUUAUGAUCUCAAGUCUUCCUUAGCUAAAAAUGGAGAAUCACUUCAGAGGAACACAUUUUGCAACUGUUGUUUCAUAUUCCAGAAAAAAAUCCACCAACUCAGGAGUCGAAAGAAUAAUAUUGGUAAUAUUUAUAGACUCUAUGAACAGUAGCUCAGAUAAUUGUACUGUACAUAAAUAAGCUCUGCAUCUGAAUCUUUUAUUUUUGGAACUCUUAAAUAGGCAUCUACCAGGUGUAGUUUGAGUCAUCAGUAUCCACCCAGAAACAUUUGUUGAGCAGGAAUAAACAUGUCAUGCAAUCCUUUGCUGUCUGAAGAUCCCACACAUGCAUAACAUACACUGGUGUACCAGGAAAGAUGAGCCCCCCCCCCUGCUAUGGAAACCUUGAAAUGAAUUACAUAGCAGUCUCAUACCUUUUGAAUGCAUCAUUUCCUGUCUAUGAUUUAUGUGUCAUGGGAAUAACAAAUACAAUUGUUACUUUAUUUGCAUUAAUAACUGACUUUCUGAAAAAACAACUCAAGUUUAUUGAUGAGUUGGGAUUGGAUAGAGUGUAGUCAUACUAUUCUAUACUUUAGGUUGUUGUGGUGCCAGAAACAAUGUCUCAUAUCUCCCAGACAAAACAGCAGGAUUGUUUUGUGUAAUGUAUUGCUCCAUAAAUCAUAAAGUAAUCCAGAAAGUCUCAGAUUCUAAAAAACAUCUACUUUCCCAGAUGGAAAUAAAACAGCAAGAUGAUAUAAAGCGAUCAUAUGUUAGAAAAAGGGCUAUAUAUGUUAAUAAAAUGAUAAAUGAAGAUCAAUUGAUAUGAGUUAUGAGCGUUGACGGAUAUCCAGCACUUUGAAAUGAAAUCCUUUUAGUGUAAGGCCAACAUCUUAUAUUGCAGCUGCAUCAGAGGAUUUUAAGUAAAGGUUUUCGGUGUGAAGGAAUCACAUAAUAAAGUCUGUGAUUUGUUAACAUUAGAUGGCAUAGUUAUGUUUCGUAUAAAACGGCCAUGACUUAAAAUCGAAGGUAGCUUUUGUAUUUUGUAGCUGUAAAAUGAAAUUAAUAACAGCAUCCCCAUCUCAGACACAAAACAUUAGUCAAGAAUUGAGAUCUCAAUGCAGUUUGUCUGAGGGACUAUACAAAAAGGACUUUGCACAUUAUGUUUCUUGACUGUCUUUUGUAAAAAGCAAGGCCCCUGAUAUUUUCUUAGGAUCCUCUACUUGACUACAGGAAAACUGCAACACUGUACAAUUAAUUGUACCAUCAUUAGAACAAUGUAUAAUGUUUAGUGAUUCUUAUUGAAAUCCUAAUAUAAUAAUGAAAAGUAUAGUAUGUAUUAUCUCAUAAUGUAUAGUAUGGGAAUUAUCGAUUGCCAAAACUAUGGGAGGAAUAAUAAUGCAUGAUGUUUCUUCAUAUUAUUUAUUUUGAAGUAUGAGCUUUAAAUAACACAUUCUUCCACACAUUUUAUUCCGAAGAUGUUCUGCUUUUUGUAAAGAUGGAUAGAAACGUGAAGGUGGGGCUGCUGUAGGACAUUUAGACUACUCACUUCAACAAAAACCAACACACUUACAACCCUCCCCAACUCUGAAAGCCCCUAAUCAUUUUUGUUCAGUCCUUAAAAGGUGAAAUUGCCUCAAGGGUCUUAAUGUAACUUAGUAUGUGGGUAGUAGAAACCAUAUAAUGUAGUUUUGGUUUUAUUUCUGAGCUAACCCUAUUCCAAAACUAAAUUUACAGUACAUACAGUUACAGCAGCCAUACACCUAAAAUCAAAACACAAUGGAGACUCAAAAUGUCAGCAAUGUAUUUCUAUUAAAUGGGCCAUAGCAAAAAAUCUGUAUUAUAUUGUACACUAAUCAAGAGAGUCAAUAGUGAUUAUACACUGUAUAAAUGUUUGUAUAAAUAAGAAAUACUGUUGUUUCUUCAGUGCUGAAGUCGGUUUAAUGGGAAAUAUAGAAACAGCACAGAAUUACUCAAAAACAAGCUCCUUUGGUUGUGUGAAAUGGUGGAUAUAAUGUGAUGUCCUUGGAUGAGUAAUUAUAUUACUUUAUUCUGUU